AUGGACUCUCGAAGUGGUGUGGCUACUGUUUCAAGUAAAGGGAUUCGAAAGAAGGUGAAGAACUCGGAGUCGGUUGCGUUACAGAGAUACAAGAUUGAUACUUAUAACUUACUGGAUCUUGAUGAGGUUUUGAAUGACGUCUACUGCUCUUGUCGACCUGUUUCUGCUGACUACGAUGCUAGGAAGGAUACGUUGAAACACCUCAAUGCAUUGGCUUUAGAUAUCUGUGGUAACAUUAAGGGUAGCGAGCCGGUCCUAAAGGCGUAUGGUUCUUUUGCGAUGGAUAUGUUUUCCGCGCGGAGUGAUUUGGAUGUGUCUAUUAACUUUGGUGAUGGAGCAUAUGAUGAGCUUCCUCGUGAUACGAAACUCCAAAUCCUAGGAAGCUCUGCUGAAAAGCUCCGCUCUCUGCAGGGAGAAGGGCAUGUUAGGAAUGUUGUAGCUAUCUUGAGUGCUAGGGUGCCAAUCGUCAGGUUCUUUGAUCAAAGGACUUCUGUCGAAUGUGAUUUGGCUGUCGAUAGCAAAUACGACAUUUUGAAUUCACGGAUCAUUCAGAUUAUAUCUCAGAUUGAUGACAGGUUUCAGAAACUUUGUCUCUUGAUUAAGCAUUGGGCCAAAGCACAUGAUGUUAACAGCGCGUCACACAAGACCCUGAAUUCUAUAUCUCUAACCUUGCUAGUCGCUCAUCAUUUACAGACUCAAGAUCCUCCCAUUCUACCUCCGUUCUCUUUACUAUUAAAAGAUGGAAUUGAUCCUCCCAAUGUUGAGAAAAGGACGCAGGAGUUCUUGAACUGGGGACAACGAAAUAAAGAAUCUUUGGGUAGACUCUUUGUAACGUUUUUCGUCAAGUUGCAAUCUGUAGAGUUCCUAUGGAGACAAGGACUCUGCGUCAGUUUCCUGAGUGGUCUUUGGAUAUCCAAAAGGUGGAGAAAAGCUGGUGUGGGGAUUAAUGUUGAGGAUUUUAUAGACGUGUCUCAAAAUGUUGCAAGGGUGGUUAAUGACAGAGGAGCUAAAAAGAUUUACGGUUCUAUAAACAAAACAGUCGAAGACCUUUUUGAGUUCCUCAAUGGCAAGAUCGAUGGAGGACAUCUCAAAGACAGGUUGUUUGUCCCCCAACCCGUUGUGGAGCCACCUCCCCCUGUGCCACCAGUGGAAGUUUACCAUCAACCACCUCAUCACAACUACAGAUGUGAUGAGUUUAAGGGUCGUCACAACAAAAGGCCUCGUUUUGGAGAUGGUGGUUAUUUCGUUCACCAUAGGCAUGGUGGUGAAGAUCUAAUGCAUGUAGGUGACGACAAUCAUGCAGUUGAUAUUCCACCACCACCGCCACCUUUUGGCAGAGUUUAUAGAAUUUAUUGCGAUAAGUUCGGUCCUCAAAACUCUCCCUGA